AUUACAUUUCCCGCUUCCACCCGACCUUUCCACCUUCUUCCUUUUCUUUUCUCCCCCCGUCGUGAUGAGGCAUGCCGCUGCGUCCAACUUCCCUCCAUAGGCUGCGCCCGUCGCCGCCGUGCUUCGCCGCCACCGCGUCCCGGUGGACCCUCCUCCGGUGUCGGGCCGGAUACCAGCUGCAGCAGCAAAGAGGUCGUCAUGAUGAGGUUGCGCGCAAGAAUCAUUAUGAGCGGCUGAAUGUGCGGCACGAUGCGACGCCUGCCGAGAUUAAAAAGUCCUUCUACUCUCUCUCCAAGACUCACCACCCGGAUGCCAAUCCUACCGACCCAAACGCCUCGCACACCUUCUCCCUCCUCUCCGAGUCCUAUACCAUUCUCUCCGAUACGACCCGCCGUGCCGCCUACGACCGCGACGUCCUCCGUGUGCAUCACGGUCACCAUCAUGCUCAUGGGCAUCAUAACCCUCGAGCCUCGUACCACUCCACCAACCCGGCCGGUGGCCGCUCACCCUCCGGUCUGAGUCGCCGGAGAGGAACCUUCCGUGGUCCCCCGCCUAGCUUCUACCGCAGCGGAGGGUGGGGGGACCAGGAGGAGAAACGGCGCAAGGCGCAUGAGGAGUCGACUAGUUUCGGCGGAGGUGGUGGUGCGCCCCAUGAACACGGCGGCGCAUCAUCCUCAACACAGCAUCACCAAAGUCCAUGGGGAAACCCCUUCAGUCAUCAUCAAUCUUCUCACGGUGGUAUGGGUCCUGGUGAUGAUCCCUUCGGACACCAGGAAGAGGUGCCGCACUUUGACAAGGCGGGCCACACGCGGACGCACCGACGGGAGGACCAGCGUCGCAAGGAGAGGCAGAGGCGUGCCGUAGGCGAUGAUGAUAUCGAGUUUGAGCCGCAGACGAGCAUCACGGGCCACUUCUUCAUAAUCUCUGGUAUCCUGGCCGCCACCAUACUGGCACCGCUCAUCUACAUCCAGUUGAUGAGCGUGGGGCGGCGGAAAAAGGGCGGGGAAUACUAAACCCACAGUUCAAAGAGGUGGGAUAUCUGUGUUAUAAGGAAGGGCAUGGUACAUAGAGUAACCAUGGGACAAGUUGUACAUUUGUUGACGGAGUUUAACGGCAGUGGAGAAGUUAUUAGAGGGAGCAUGACCACUGAGCACAGCAGGCAAUGAAUGAUCCCAGCAGGCGUAUGCCGCAAUUGAAUUGAAAAAAAAGACAUUAUUCUUC